GUCCGCAUGAUUUGUGGUGUCGCGUUCAGUGACUGCGAUCGGAGAACAAACAAUUGCGACGACGGUGGCACGUGAAGCAAGCAAACAAGCUGUGAUGGUGCUUGGAUUGGACCCUGUGACAACGGCACUCGCCGUGGUGGCGGUGACCUUGCUGGUGCUGUACCUUCGCCAGCAGCGUCAGCGCUGCCCUGGCGUCCUGCCUGUCCCUGGCCACCUGCCGAUUCUGGGACACAGCCUCGUGCUGGCGCAGAACCAAGAGCGGCUCUUGGAAUGGCUGCUUGGGGGCACGCUGUUGUCGAAAGGAAAGCCGUGGUUCUUCAAGGUCCUUGGCGAGCCGCCGUUUGUGUGCAUUUCAUCGCCGGAGAGUGUCAAGCAUGUGCUGCAAGACAACUUUGACAACUACAUCAAGGGUAACUUCUUCCGCGACAAGUUCUACGACCUCUUGGGGGACGGCAUCUUUGAUGUGGACGGUGCAGAGUGGAGCUACCAGCGCAAGACAGCAAGCCACCUGUUCUCCCGCAAGGAGCUGAAGGGAUUCAUGACAGAGGUGUUUGUGCGGCACGCGCAUCUUGUGCUCGACAAGAUUGAGGCUUUUGCCAAUGCAGACAAGGAGUUUGACAUGCAGGAUCUGUUCUACCGCUACACGCUUGAGUCGAUUGGGCAGAUUGCGUACGGCAUCCAUCUCGGAUGUUUUGACCAGGACGUCGUUGCCUUUGCCGUCAACUUUGACGAGGCGCAACGCAUCAUGAUGGAACGCGUCAUCGACCCGCUCUGGCACGUGCGGAAGCAUCUGAAGUUCCUUCACCCGGACGAGCGGAAGCUCACGCGCUGCGUCAAAGCCCUCAACGACUUUGCAACGAAUGUGAUCGCCGAGCGGCGGGACACAGAGGACCUGCGGGAUCGUGAGGAUUUGCUAUCACGAUUCAUGAGCAUCAAGGACGAGCACGGGCAACCGCUGGACGAUACGCGGCUUCGAGACAUCAUCAUGUCGUUUGUGAUUGCCGGUCGUGACACAACGGCCAACUGCCUCACGUGGGCCUUUUAUGAACUCCACAAGAACCCACGUGUCCUGAACAAGCUGCGUGCUGAGCUUGAUGCUGCGACCGGUGGCCGCGAUCCGACGUACGAGGACAUCAACACCAAGGUGCCGUAUCUGCACUAUGUGGUGAAGGAAACGCUGCGGCUGCACCCGUCUGUGCCGAAGGACGCCAAGACGGCGAUCAACGAUGACGUGUUGCCGGACGGAACAGCCAUCAAGGGCGGCACCAACAUCGUGUACAUGCCCUGGGUCAUGGGCCGCAUGGAGCAGCUGUGGGAAAACCCGCUUGACUUCAACCCGGAGCGCUGGGAAACGACAACAGCGACACACUUCAAGUACACCGCCUUCAACGCUGGCCCGCGCCUGUGUCUUGGCAUGAACAUGGCGUAUUUGGAGGCGCAGUUUCUCCUCGCAAUGAUCGUGCAGCGCUUCGACCUCAAGUUUGCAGACCAAUCGUACCAGUACCAGGUCACCUUGACCAUGCCCAUGAAGGGCGGCUUGAGGGUCAAGGCAACGGCGCGCGAUUGAGAAGCGUGCAAAGCCAACCGCAAGCUCGCACUGCUCACCGUUGGUUGCAUGGAACUUGUCUCAGCUUUCUUUCAGUUUGUGUUUGCUCGUGUCAUUUCCCCUGCUUCCCCUCUGUCCAACCGGUCGUUCAUUCUUCCAAUCAUUCAUUCAUGCCCCCAUGUGCGUCCGUUUCCCCCCCCCCUCCACUCCACCCACAUCUCAACUCUUCUCUUGUUCCUUUGCACACUCCCCUCAUCGUCAUUUUCCUCUUCACACGUUAACUCUUUGCGCUUUCGCACGUCAGACAUUAUUGUACCAAAUUCCCUGUGUAUUGAUUGGCGUUCGCGUACACGACAGCGCAGAAGAAGGACAUCACAGCAACACCAAC